GUCAGAAAUGCAAACGAAAGUAUUGCUCCGUGGACAUUUCAAGAGCAUGAGCUUCAUGUCGGCGAAAGAAUAUAGUCAUCGCUUAUUUAUAGCAUAAGGACAUGGUAGUUUGUGUUUUAUUUUACAUUAUUUGACGAUGCACACACCGAGCUGUGUUUUGAUAUCAACAUUGUUGAUGAUCGCAAAUGGGUUCAUUGUGCGAGGUCCAUCUACUCCUCUGGUUGCUCCUCUGGGAUCUUCACUGGUUUUGCCCUGUUAUACUGAUAAACCUUUACCAGUGAAGGGUCUGGAGGUGGAGUGGAGAAGAACAGACUCUGAGACUCUGGUUCAUCUGUAUCAAUAUGGAGAGAGUCGACCAGAGGCCCAGCAGCAGGAUUAUCAGGACAGAGCUCAUUUCUUUACUGAUCAGAUUCAACAUGGAAACUUCUCCCUCCGUCUGGACAAUCUGACAGCUGAAGAUGAGGGAAAUUACACAUGUAAAGUUUACAGUCAGCAGGAUUCAGGAGAGACUGAGGUUCACAUAAAAGAUGUUGAGCGUCUGCUGGUAUCAGGAUCGAGUCGCUCCAUAUCUGCAUAUGCGGGUGAUGACGUCACUCUGAACUGCUCUAUCGACUCUCACAUCAAACCUGAACACAUUGAAGAGGUUUCAUGGAGGAAAACAGAUGAAGAUGAAGAUAUUCUGGUUCUGCUUUACCUGAACAAUAAGGCUUUUCCAGAUUCAUCAGAUUUGCAAUACAGAGACAGAGUUGAGUUCUUCACUGAUGAAAUCCCCAAAGGAAACUUUUCUCUCAGACUGAAGAGUGUCAGAACUGAAGACAAAGGAGUUUACAUGUGUCAUGUGUUUGCUGGAGUACUUUCAGCCAAUUCAACUGUGGUACUGGAGCAACUGGGUUUCUCUGUUUCACACAUAAUAAUUUUGAUUCUAUGUAUUUCUGCAUCUGGAUCUGCACUUCUGCUGUGGUUUCCGAUCUACUUCAGAUCACAAAAUACAGACUCUGCAGCCAAACCUGUCAGGACUCUUGGGUUUCUUCAUGUGUUUCUUCCCAAUAUUAUGAUGUUUGUGGCCUUUGUCCUCUGGGGUGUUACAGAAGGAAUUCUGUAUGAGACGAUCUUUUGCUGUGCUCUUUAUAUCCUGAGGCCUCUGAUGGUGAUAAAUGUUGCACCGUAUUUAAAGAAGAUAUCAGAAUUCUGUCUUCAAUCGGAAUUUGUCAUUUUUAUGCUGGUCUAUUUUUCAGUUCUUUUGAGUCGUGCUUGGAGAAAUAUUGUACAUUAUGAAGGGUCUGAAAAAAUAAUGAUAAUAUCCGUGUUUGGAGUCGUGAUUCUGCUGUGUGUCAUCUUCAUCAUUUACUUAUUUACUAAAAACAAGAAGAUGCCGUGUCAUGGAGAGAUAUGUAAAUGGAUGUGGGGGAAAGUAACUGAUGUAGCUUAUUUCAGCUUUUUCAUUCUGCCUUCGUUGCAAAUCUCCCUCCUGUUCAUCGCUUUUGGAGUCGCCACUGGAGGGUUUAUUGUCAGCAUGAUUGUCCCACUGUUCUUUUUUCUGUCAUUUUCCUGUUUGGUGGGCAUAAACAAAAAGAAAAGCUAUUCAAAUUUGCUCAAUAUAAUCUCAUGGUUGAUCUUCAUGUUCAUCAUGACUGCAGUAACAGUGUAUUUCUACAGCACAUCACUGAAACAUGAAAAAGAUGCUGUGGGAUGGACGUGUACGGCUGUAUUUCUGCAACUGCUGUGGAUGAUUGCAGUGUACAUUCAGCUAGAUCUGGGUCUGACCCUCACCUUUAAAAAGGUGUUGUAUGUGUUUGGAUCAGUCGUUGUUGUUUUACUGAACUCUGUUACACUGAUGACUGAACUGAUACUGAAAACAGUUAAUGGUGAGCGUGCAGUUGGAGAUCUGAGAGUCGUCCUCUUCUCCUCUGAAAGUGUAUUUGCUUUUUCUCUGCUGAUUUUGGCCAUGUUUGAAGCCUGGAUUUCUGACAUCAAAUGUCGGCAGUGUUGUCAGAGAGCAGAGAGAACUGAUGAUAUUCCAGACACCGGAUUGAACCAGAAUCAGGAUUCUCAGAAUGCAGCAGCGUCUGAUGAAGCUUCAGCCAGUGGAUCAAACCAGAACCAGAACUAGAACUCAUCAGCAGAAUCACAUGAAAUGAAUCCUCUACUGGAUCAAGAUCAGGAGGCCGGAAAAACAGAUAAAACCAGUGAGCCGUGCGAGACAGUUUACCAGAUGGAGGAAAAUCAGCCGGAUUCAGUGGAAUCAUAAACAGCAAUAACAGAAAAAUACUCUUUAUCCAACAUUAUGACUAUUUACUCAGACUCCCAGAAGUGCUGAUAGAGAUUUAAGAUAAGGGUUCAAUAGCAUCCUUCAUUUGUAAUUAAGCUCUUUUUUAUGUAUGUUUUCUUGGCUAUGCAAAUAUGUAAAUAUGUGGAUAAUACAUUAUUU